AUGUGCCAGUGCGGGCAACUUAUCAACGGCGCUCUAAGUAUGCCUAGUGAGGCGUGCACGCCAUGUCGUGAGCGGAAGCUCAGACAGAAGCGUACAAUCAAUCGACACAAGCGCGCCCGAAUCGACCACGCUUGUGGCAGCGCUAUAGACAGAGAACAGCUGAGCCAACAUCCCAUUAUCAUUGCUGACAUUGACACUUCGUGUCAACGUCUUGACGAUAAUGGAAAAUCGAAUUCGCCCGCUGACGCCGCUCCGACCAACGCGCAGAUGGAAGAACAGCAGCCCAGUCCUCCCGCCAUAUGUUUUGGCAUCACCGAUCUGAUCUCCAGUCCGCAUCUGCCAGGGUCUGCUUGGGGCAAAGUACUAGAGUAUCACAACAAUCUCAACGCCUCGGGAAUUCUGGGAGAAUUGCCGGCUGGGCGAGAUUCUAGGAAUUUCAUCGCCAUUGAUCGUAGCGCUUCACAUGCACGCCGCGAUGAUGAGCUUUGCAGUCUCGACGAGCACGACAUCAGCUAUUUGCAUAACAAGGGCGUCUUCGAAUUGCCUCCACGCGAAGUUUGUAUCACACCAUAUACUAGCAAGGAACUCAUUGCUCGCGCAGGCUUCACAGAUCAUACUGACGCGCAAAAGACCUUCUACCGCCGAGCUGUCUUGUUAUACGAUUUAAAUUGUGAGAAAGAUCAGCUUGUUGUACUACAAGGCUCUCUAUUACUUGGCACAUUGUGGAGAUCUUAUUUCAUUGAGAAGGACUAUUCUUUCUGGAGGUGCAAUGCUGCCCGCAUCGCCAUUAAGAUGGGCCUCAAUAAAAGGUGUAUUGCUGAUAAUCUUGGCGCGAGAUUCUACGCGCUUUUAAAGCGCAUUUGGUGGACGCUUUACAUACGGGAUAUCCUGUCAAGUAUUUCCGGUUUAGAUAACAUCAGACUUUUACGAGCUAAAGAUUUUGAUACGGUACCUCUCACCAAGGAUGAUUGGCCGGAAGAUGAAGCAACCUGCCCACAGGGUCUCAUCAGUAUCUUAUUACCUGUGCAGACACACCGCCAAGACUUCCUGAUACACCUGUAUAACAGCGUUUUCGGCUAUCUUCCUUGUCCUACUGACCUGACUUCACAGGGGAUCUUGCUCACAGUGCGGUUUUGUCGCGCAGCUCAGCUAAGAUGGACAAGAGCAAAAUUUCUACUCUUAUUAAUGACAUCUUCGAGUGGCGGCGCCUUACCACGUUCAAUACAAUUGGAAUCGGUCCGAGAUUGGAAGAAUGAAGGCGUUUGGAUUUUGGUGUUGAUGGCUUGGUGCUAUCGACUAGAAUGCAUGAUUUAUCGAAGUGCAAGCAAGAAUUACCCUCUUGGAGACAUCGAACACGAUCGAAUGGCCGACUCACUGCAUAGAGCUAUAUUUGAACUAGACGCAGUUGUACGCAGAGCUGUCACACAUCGGGUUGGGCAAUUCUUGCCUAUGUCUUUCUCGACUGCUGUUGCUACACUAAUUGCAUUAUGCACUGAAUUGUUGUUAAAGCCUGACAUCGAGCCAACCGACAAGCUUAUGAGUGAGGAAGCCGUGCGCACUGGAAUCGUGUUCCUUAUCGCAUCUCAAGACACACGGCCGUCCUUGCGAUGGAUGCUAAAAAUGUUCAGCUGGGCCUUUAGGCAGACCGGACUAGAUUUCGAUACAGGUCUUCACAUUGAUGACAUUCUGACACAAGUUGAAAGUCCGUUCACUUCUCAAAAAUCCAAAUCGAACCGCGAUCUUUCCUCUAUAGAUUUUGGAUUUUUAGACUUUUCGAGCAAUACUCUCUUCGGUUCAGAGUACAUACUGAAUGUAGAUGGAUUCGCUCCCUAG